CUAAAUUCUAUCCCUCCUACAUUACUUUCGGAGGAUAAUGAUCCUUUCUCUAUUCCUACUUCUCCUCCGUCAACAACAAUUCGCGGUGCAACGAAAGAUAUCUGGUCUCCUUAUGUUUUGGAAUCCAACGUUCUCGAUGCAAUGUUUGCGGCUACACCUCCGACUCUGUCUACUUUCUCGGAAUCUCACUCACGCCAAAGUUCUUUAACUUCACUCUCAAGUUAUUCGCACCCACUUUCUCCCACUAUUUCAGCUCUAAAUUCUCCAACGUCAUCAUUUAUUGAAGAUUCUACAUUUAACAAAGAGAACAUGAAUUCCGAUUUGCAAAGUGCACUUGAUCCGGGUUUAAUUGGCAAUUUGUCACUUCCUGAUGUUUUGUAUGGGCAAUACCUUAAUGAAGAUGAUAUCUCUGGUAUUCGUGUUUUUAUACGAGAUUUGGUAGACAAAAGUAUUAUACCAUACAUGGAGAAAAAUAUUUGGCAAUGGAAUGAGCAGGUAGCAUCAUCAAGACGUGGAAUUACUGGUCGUCUCUUAAAUGCGGGUAGACGUUAUUUUAUUACUAGUACAAGAACCACUGGACCGGCUCAAUCUUCUCAAUAUUCUUAUAUUGGAAAUUCUUCAAAUGCUGCGAAUACUAUGUUAGUUGAUAUUUUACGAGCAGAUUACCGUCUUGCCCAUUCGGUUUAUGAUACCGUCAAAAAAGACUUUUUAGCUGAUAAAGCAUGGAAAUAUUAUGCUGGUUCACAAGAAAUGGUUGGAGUUUGUUUGCUAAUUGCUGGAAAUAAAUCAGAUGUCGAUCACUAUUUUGAGCAGGCGGUUAAUGCUUAUCUUUCUGUCCAUUUAGGUGAUCUUUCAGCUGCUCUGGAGUUUUUUAUAAAAUUAUUGAGGGCGAGUCGUCAACCACCAACACAGCAAAAUGCCUAUUUGAGAGAAUUUAUGUAUAUUUAUAAGCAAUAUGAAAGUAAAACUGGAAAAUAUCCUUAUUUUGAUCAAGAGCUUCCAAUUCCGGUGAUCGAUGAUUCAUCUGUCAAAGUUAUUCUUUCUAAUUCGCAAUCUAGUGAAUAUGAUGAGAUUUGGGAUGUAAUGGAACGAGAAUUUUUGGAAGAAGGGUUUACAGGAUUAGAUAUUCAUGGAAACCCACGGAAAAAGCCAAAUACUUUAAAUAGCGAUAUUCACAGGACCGUAUGUGCUGUUGGAGAGUUAGAUAAGGACAUAGAUAACGAAACGACUACACCAUACAAUGAUAUUAUUGACAGUAGAGAAUCUCAAUUAAUGAAGUUCGAAGAUUUUGACCUGGAAACACUUAAAGAAGUGUCUCUUGAAGAUCUUUUGGUUACAUCACCAAUGCCAUUGCUUGAGGCAACAUUCCACUCUUUUCCCGAUGUUCUUCUUUCUGGAGAAGUAAAACAAGUUCUUUUGGAAAUCAACAAUAAAGGGCAGAAGGGACUUACGGACUUACGUGUGAAAAUGAACUCUUCCACUAGAAAUUCGAAAUUAAAUGCAGAAAUAUGGACAACAAACAACUCUAUAUUCAAAUCUAGCAUAAAAGCCAUACCGUUACCACCUCAAGAGGUUAACAAUAUUUGUUCUCUCGCUCCCGGUAAAACAACCUUAAUUCCAAUUUGGAUUAGAGGAGAUCGUAUAGGAAAACAUUCGUUUAGGUUUUUAUUUACUUAUGAAUCUGAGAAUAACAAUUCAGCUAUGAGAUAUAGAAGUCUCCGUUAUCUUAAAGCAACGCAAGUAUAUCCUUCUCUCAAAAUAAAUGCAUUCACUCGACCAAGUAUCCGAGGAUUAAAUGAAUUCAUUUUGGGGAUUGAGAUUGAAAAUUUACAAACUACUAGUGAAUAUCAAUUUCAAUUAGCCCAGCUGUCUUCGAUUAGUCCAUCAUGGACAAUAUCACUUGUGAAUGAAAGCCUCGACUCAAUGAUCACACCAGAGGUGUUCUCAUCUAAGGCUUUAGAACUAUUAUUAAGCGGACAAAAAGAUCUGAAGUCGGAACCAUCACCUAUUGAUCUUAUUGUAACGAAUGUUCCUUUUGUAAGAUUUUCAUUGAAUUCGCGCGUUCAAUGGCGAACCAAUACUUUAAUUAAUAAUUUUCCUGUUAUUCCAGCAUCCAAACACCGUACACUUUUCCCAUUAUACAAUACAAACGAUGUAGACCUUUCACUUUAUUGGAACAUACCAACUUUGUCACGUCAAGGACAUCAUUAUAUUAUUGGGAUUAAUCUUGGAGUUCAACAAAAUCCGUUUCGAUCACAGAAUAUAGCAGCAAUUCAGGUAUUUCAAUGGACUGGACCUACUUCUAAAUGUUCCAUAUUAUCAGUGAACGAAGAACAGACAUAUAUUUUCAAAGCAUGCUUUGUUAGACCUGGUGUUUAUGACGUAAAUAGAUGGCGAUUGACGAUAAAUUUUGAUCAGACUAUAACUGAUGAUGAAAGUAAAGGUGAAAGUUCACGAGAGCACUAUGCGACGAAUGUUUGUGAAGGCAAUGUUGGGAUGAAAGGUUAUGUACAAAUGCCUAAUACUUUACGUCUUUUGACAUUGGUGGAUAAUUCAAUUGACAAAAAGAGCGAAGAUAGCUUAUAA